AUGUUUACCCCACUUGGAUUGUUUAAGGAUGUACCUUGUCCGCAGGGCAGCAAGUGCGCCCUCUUGACCUGCAUUUUCUCUCACACAGAUGUCAGUCCUGCCUCCGUGGCGGCUCCUGCUCCAGCAGUGACACCACGUGCGGCUGACAACGAUGCCACCUUCAAAGAAGCCCCGCCAUCAAAGCGAAGAAAGACAGAGGCAUCCACUGAUGGCGCUGAGGAGAAGAGUAGAUCGUCGUCGCUGACGAACAUCAAGAGUGGAAGAGAUCAAACAUCCACCGCCAACAUAGCGCCCGACGCAGCUAGGCGGGACUCAUCACAGACGCCAAGCCGAGAUGUCAAGAGUCUCCAAUCGAUCAACAGAGGUGUUUCCCCUCCUCCAAUACGAGCAGCCUCCAACCCGAAAGGAAGUACGGCUGCAGUCAAAGACACGUCUCAGCCUUCUGGGGCAUCACCAACGCGGAUGCCCCCGCGACAGGCGCCCAAGGAAUCACUAAAUCCGCGCAUGAUAACUAAAGCGCCGGCAUCCCACGCUGUCCGGUCAGCUAUACUGGCUAAACUUCAUUCGGCUAUGGUUGCCUUGAACGAGAAGGUUGCCAAAGAUCCAGACAGCACAAAGAAAGCUCUGGUCCUAUCCAAGGAUGAGUUGAUAACAAUGGCCUUGGAUGAAGAAGAGAAAGCUGCCAAGGGCAAUCCAGCUGUAUACGCCAAUGUAAUCAAGCUGAGGAUUGUAAAGCUCGGGAAGAUGAGCAAGGAGGACUGGGAGAAGGAAGUCACAGCACAUCUCAACGCAAGAUAUUACAAGAUUCCAACAAGCCAGAAACCUCAAAAUCCCCAGACCUUUACGACGGAAUUGAGUGAGAAAGAAGAGAUCGCCGUAGCAUCCAAGCUCAUUACGCCAUUGAUCGGUCGAGAAAAGUUCGGGUACGUGACGAAAGCGCCGUCCCAACAGGAAGUCGAGUCCGCAAAGGAGGGCGUCCAGUUUGCCAAAGGCUUCGAGAGCUGUGACCGGUGCGGUGGCCGUUUCCAGGUCUUCCCAGGGCGUCGUGAGGAUGGCACGCUGGCAACGGGGGGACAGUGUAGCUUCCAUCCUGGGAAGCCAAUAUAUCCCUCCCGGAAGCAGACAGAUCAUAUCACUGGUGACCGACCAGCAUACUUACCAUGCUGCAACGAGACUGUAGGCACUUCUGCUGGAUGUACGAAAGCAGAGUAUCAUGUUUUCAAGAUAUCCGAAGUGAAACGUCUAGCGUCAAUCCUCCAGUUCGAAGAGACUCCUCCACAACCCGAUAAAGGGCCGUUGCCGCCUGUCUGUUUUGACUGCGAGAUGGGUUAUACUACACUUGGGCUCGAGCUCAUACGACUGACUGCUGUCAGCUGGCCCGAGGGCAAAGAGCUCGUCGAUGUUCUUGUCAGACCAAUGGGCGAGAUCCUGGAUCUGAACUCCCGUUUCUCUGGCGUUCGGCCGGAGCACUAUGCGAAUGCUAUCCCCUAUGGAUCUGAAGAUGGGGAGACAAAGGAGACUCCGUUACAGGUCGUUGACUCUCCUGCUGCAGCGCGGGCGCUGCUCUUCAAGUUCCUCCAGCCAGAGACUCCCUUGAUUGGACAUGCCAUUGAUAAUGAUCUUAAUGCCUGUCGAAUCAUUCACCCAACGAUCAUUGACACUGUCAUGCUAUACCCCCACCCCAGAGGUCUUCCAAUGAGGAUGAGCCUCAAAGUCUUAUGUAAGAGAUACCUCGAUAGAGAUAUCCAGACGGCUGGCGAUAAAGGGCAUGAUUCGAAAGAAGACGCUAGGGCUACCGGGGACUUGGUCAGGGUGAAAGUGGCAGAGACAUGGAAGAUGCUCAAAAGACAAGGCUGGACCAUUGAAGGCGACAAGCUUGUUGCACCACCAGGCGUGGAUCAGAAAUUGAACACUGGCAGAGGUGUGCUUGGGCCUGGUGCCGGGCAGAAGAGGAAAGAUCCCACACGGACUGAGCCAUCAACAUAGAAAUUUCUCAUAUUUCCCGGCGUUCUAGAUAAGCCACAUGAUACCCAUCUCUUGCAUACUUCUUGCAUACAUGGCGCUAGCAUAUAUGAUCAUCUACGAGUGCGUUUUUGGUUUUAAUGGCCGAAGACUAGUUAUCUACUUCAAUGCACGGAUGUAGAUUGAGGUUUAAGGUGGC